UAUAAAAUGGACAGCUAUAUUUUACCUGUCAGUAACUCUGCUCUGUAUCUUUUUACAUUAUUAUUCUAGGUGUCCAACUCCUGGGUGUGAUGGUUCCGGACAUAUUACUGGAAAUUAUGCUUCACAUCGAAGUCUUUCAGGCUGUCCGCGAGCAAAGAAGAGUGGGAUCAGGAUAGCACAAAGCAAGGAAGACAAAGAAGACCAAGAGCCAAUUAGAUGUCCAGUUCCUGGUUGUGAUGGUCAGGGUCAUAUAACUGGAAAAUAUGCAUCCCAUCGCAGUGCAUCAGGGUGUCCUCUAGCUGCCAAAAGGCAAAAGGAUGGGUACCUAAAUGGCUCACAGUUCUCUUGGAAGUCAGUGAAGACGGAAGGAAUGUCAUGUCCAACCCCAGGAUGUGAUGGCUCAGGACACGUCAGUGGUAGUUUUCUUACUCAUCGUAGUGUUUAUGGCUGUCCUUUGGCAAAAAAACGAAAAACGCAAGAUAAGCAACCUCAAGAACCUGCUCCCAAAAGAAAACCUUUUGUGGUUAAAGCAGACAACUCUUCUGUAGAUGAGUGUUAUGAAACUGAUGGAACAGAGGAGAUGGAUGAAAAGGAAGAAGAAGAGGAAGAGGAGGACGAAGAAGAGGAGGAAUAUUCUGAUGACAAUGAUGAUCAAGGAGAUGAGGAGGAGGAUGAUGAGGAGAUAGAUCGAGAAGAAGAAGAGGAGAUUGAAGAGGAGGAAGAGGAGGAUGAAGAGGAAGGUGAAGAUGUGGAGGAUGAAGAGGAGGAGGAAGAAGAGGAGGAGGAGGAAGAGGAGGAGGAGGAAGAACGUGAAGACCAUCAAAUGAAUUGUCACAAUACUCGAAUAAUGCAAGACACAGAAAAAGACGAUAACAAUAAUGAUGAGUAUGAUAAUUACGAUGAACUGGUGGCCAAGUCAUUGUUAAAUCUUGGCAAAAUUGCUGAGGAUGCAGCAUACAGAGCCAGGACAGAAUCAGAAAUGAACAGCAAUACAUCUAAUAGUCUGGAAGAUGAUAGCAAAAAUGAAAAUAUUGGUCGGAAAAGCGAGCUGAGUUUAGACUUAGACAGUGAUGUUGUUAGGGAAACAGUGGACUCCCUUAAAUUACUAGCACAAGGACACGGUGUAGUGCUAUCAGAAAACAUUAAUGAUAGAAAUUAUGCAGACAAUACUUCACAGCAAGAUAAUAGGAAUAUGAACUUUGUAAUGUUAGGGAAGCCUGUGAACAAUGGACUUACGGAAAAAAUGGUGGAGGAGAGUGAUGAAGAGGUGUGUCUCAGCAGUUUGGAGUGCUUAAGGAACCAGUGUUUUGAUCUGGCUAGGAAACUCAGUGAGACAAACCCACAGGAAAGAAAUCAACAGCAAAACAUGAACACUCGUCAGCAUGUCAGGCAAGAAGAUGACUUCCAAGGAAGAACACCAGACCGGAAUUACUCUGAUAUGAUGAACCUAAUGAGGCUUGAAGAACAGUUGAGCCCCAGAUCUAGGACUUUUUCUAGCUGUGCAAAGGAGGAUGGUUGUCACGAAAGAGACGAUGAUACCACCUCUGUUACUUCAGAUAGGUCUGAAGAAGUGUUUGAUAUGACAAAAGGUAACUUAACCCUGCUUGAGAAAGCAAUUGCUUUGGAAACUGAGAGAGCAAAAGCCAUGAGAGAAAAAAUGGCAGUGGAAGCUGGAAGGAGGGAUAAUAUGAGAUCAUUUGAGGAACAAUCUCCAAGACAACUUUCUGGGGAUGACAGGAAGCCUAAACCCAGUGACGGCCAUGUCAAAAAGCCAUAUUAUGGUAAAGAUCCCUCAAGAACAGAAAAGAAAGAGAGCAAAUGUCCUACCCCUGGGUGUGAUGGAACUGGCCAUGUAACGGGGCUUUACCCCCAUCACCGCAGUUUGUCAGGAUGCCCACACAAAGAUAGGGUCCCUCCAGAAAUUCUUGCCAUGCAUGAAAAUGUUCUUAAGUGUCCUACACCAGGCUGCACAGGCCGGGGCCACGUAAAUAGCAACAGGAAUUCCCACCGAAGCCUCUCUGGAUGUCCUAUUGCUGCAGCAGAGAAACUGGCUAAAGCUCAAGAGAAGCAUCAGAACUGUGAUGUGUCAAAAUCAAACCAGGCAUCAGAUCGGGUUUUAAGGCCCAUGUGCUUUGUUAAGCAAUUGGAGAUCCCUCAGUAUGGCUACAGAAACAAUGUCCCCACCACCACACCCCGCUCCAACUUGGCCAAGGAACUAGAGAAAUACUCUAAGACUACGUUUGAAUAUAACAGUUAUGACAACCAUGCCUAUGGCAAGAGAGCCAUAGCUCCCAAGGUGCAAUCCAGGGAUAUAUCCCCCAAAGGAUAUGAUGCUAAACGUUACUGUAAGAAUUCAAGUCCAACCAGCAGCACAACAAGCAGUUAUGCCCCUAGCAGCAGCAGCAAUAUGAGUUGUGGUGGAGGCAGCAGUGCCAGCAGUACCUGCAGCAAGAGCAGCUUUGACUACACUCAUGACAUGGAGGCAGCGCACAUGGCUGCU